UUCACAUGCAUGCCUAGUGUUUAUUUUUCUUUUUCUUCAUCAUUACUCAAAAGAACUUUUUCUUUUCCAUAUUAAUAAUAAUAUAAUGUAUUGGAAUUCUUGUCUUAAAAUGAUAAUAUACUUAAUUUGACUUCGAUCUCAAAUUUUUGUGUUUUCUAAGGACGAGCAGCUGUGUGAUUUUAAAUUCGCCGGCAUGAUUUUACUCAGAAAUGUCAGAGAUAAAGUAUAAACAUCAGAUUUUAGCCGCGAUAGAUCAUUUACGUUCCCGUAAAUCGCGCCCAGAUAUCAAUAGAAUUUGCAAGUUUAUGCUUAAAUGUUAUAAAGUCGCACCAAAAGACACCAAAGCUGAUUUAAAACGUUGUUUGAAAGAAAAAAGCAUAUUUAAAGUUGAUUAUAAAGAUAAUGUAAGUUACAGAAACGCUGCUAAGUGGCGGAAAAAAUCGAGUCAAAAUAACGAAAUGGCAAGUUCCUCAGCAACAAGUGAAAGAAGAAUAAUUACAUCUGCAAUUGCAACUCUUAUAUAUCAAGACCAAAGCUAUUUAGAAAAUGGGAUAGCAUUUGAAGACCUUGUCAGAGCUGCAGCAUCUCAAGAAUCUAAAUAUUCAAAGAAAGAACUUGAAAAUAUUAUCAACAAGGAGUUGUCAUCGGGCAGUCUAGUGAAACUACCCAAUGGUAAUUUAGCUCUUGGCCCUGCAGAUCAUGAUGGUGAUAGUUCAGAUAGUUUUAAAUUUGAGUACAGUAUAGACUCUAAUACAAAGAUGACUUCCUCGGCCAAUUCAUCGUGUCGUUCAUCGCCGCAGCGAAUGAGAGGAAGGCCUAAGAAACGUGGUGGUGGUGCAUCUAAUAAUGGAUUAAGUAUUAUCACGAGGAACUCUGGAGUUCGCGUCGGCGAAAGACGAAAAAUGGCUAAGAAAGUCUUUGAUCCCUCUGACAAUAAUGUGCCCAGCAAACGUAAACGGGGUAGACCAGUAGGAUCACUAAAUAAAAGUACAAUAAAAAAACGUUUGUUGGGCGCUGGUAAUCAUCAAAAAACAGACAAAGAAGGCACCCCAUUAUCCGAAAGUCAACUAUCUGCAGAUGGAAGUGCUGAUGAAUUAGAACAAGAUGAACCAAUACCUCAUGAGACUUCAGGAGGAGUUUGUUCUGUAUGCCACAUUCAGAAAUCCAGAGGGUCUAAUGAUAGACUAGUAGAAUGUCGCGAUUGUAAUAACAAAGCUCACUUAAGCUGUCUCCAAUCCGGAUCUGGCAUAUUAAAGCCACGCCCAGAUAAUACAUGGCAAUGUCCACAUUGUAAGACCUGUGUUAUUUGUUGCGAAACUAAUGAUGCUGGUAUUUUAACUGUCUGCAGUAUAUGCUCUGAUGCUUACCAUGCACUGUGUCAUACUCCACGUAUACCAGAAAGGUUAAAAGCCUGGGAUCAAUGGGAAUGCAACAAUUGCCUCAAAUCUCGUCCUAUAAUAGUUGGAUCACCUGCAAUCAUACCUAAUAUUGAAUACGAAUCACGAAAUUCAUCUACAAUUGAUCCGUUUUUAAAGCCUCACGAACUGGACAGAGCACAAUCAAAAUUGGGAGAUGUACCAAUAGAUCCAAGCAUUCCAGAUAUAACAAAUUGGACUACUGAAGAUGUGUAUGAAUAUUUCGUGGAACAUUUCCCAGAAGCUGCUCCUAUUUUGAAAGAACAGGAGUUUGAUGGACAAGCACUUAGUAUGGCACGGCGGGCAGAUAUUGUACGAGGUCUAGGUCUUCCACUUGGUCCAGGACUUGCACUUUAUCGUAUUAUUGUUAAAUUACAAACUAGAAAAGAUGAUUGGACUAUGUGCUGGGGUUAAUUAAACGUUAUUAUAAUAUAGAAUAAUGUACUUAUAAAUACUAGAUAUUUAACAUGGUUCAUUUUACUGUCCUUUAAUGGAUGAUCAUAAAUAAUAUUAUAAUUUGAAAAAAUGCAUGGCUCUGCAUUACUACAUGUAAUUUUAUAGACAGGUUUUAAAAAUAAUCAGACAAUGAAUCUGUUUAUAACUGUACAUAUAUAGUUGGUUUUAUUCUAAUUAUGGUAAAAAAUUUAAUAAAUAAUCUAUUUUUUUACAUAGCGGCAACUAGCACCAUAUUUAAAUUUUUUAUAAUCUAAAAUUUGCAUUGGACUAGCACUGUCUAUUCCUUAACACUUCAUUUAUCUGUCCUACACAGAACAUACUAUAAAAAUCCAUACUAGUUAGUAUUCUCCUGACAUUGAUUUAUUAACUAGAAAUAGAUUUAAAUAGAUGCCAUAACUUUCUUAGCAGAAAAAAUUAUUACAAAUUACACAGAAAGAAAAAAACAAUGGGCAGGCAAAAAUUACAUUAACAAGAGUGAGAUUAUUUUAAGUAUAGCAUUCCUAAACAAAUGUACAUAACAAUUUAUAAAAAAUAAAGUAUUAAGCUAAAUUAA